AACCUUUUACUCAAAAUUCACAAAUAAUUUAUUCAUUUAUACGAUUGCAAUCAAAUCCAAAUAACAAAAAUCCUUAAAUAUUUUUCUCUCUAAUUCUCCCAAAGAAUAUGCAAAUCUUUGUUAAGACUCUCACUGGUAAGACCAUCACUCUGGAGGUCGAGAGCUCUGACACUAUCGAUAAUGUUAAGGCUAAAAUCCAAGACAAGGAAGGGAUCCCCCCAGACCAGCAGAGGUUGAUCUUUGCUGGCAAGCAGCUUGAGGAUGGCAGGACCUUGGCAGACUACAAUAUCCAAAAGGAAUCGACUCUCCAUCUUGUGCUGAGGUUGAGGGGAGGUAUGCAAAUCUUCGUCAAGACUUUGACAGGGAAGACCAUCACUUUGGAGGUCGAAAGCUCUGACACCAUUGACAACCAACUCGAGGAUGGAAGGACCCUGGCCGACUACAACAUCCAAAAAGAGUCCACAUUGCAUUUGGUACUCCGUCUCCGUGGUGGUAUGCAGAUAUUUGUGAAAACCUUGACAGGAAAAACCAUCACUUUAGAGGUUGAAAGUUCUGAUACGAUUGACAACGUCAAGGCUAAGAUUCAGGAUAAAGAGGGGAUCCCGCCAGACCAGCAAAGGCUUAUCUUUGCAGGAAAACAGCUCGAAGAUGGGCGUACUCUAGCAGACUACAAUAUCCAGAAAGAGUCUACCCUUCACUUGGUGCUGAGGUUGAGGGGUGGGAUGCAGAUUUUCGUGAAAACCUUGACCGGAAAGACCAUCACUUUGGAGGUAGAAAGCUCCGAUACGAUUGACAACGUCAAGGCCAAGAUUCAAGAUAAGGAAGGUAUCCCACCGGACCAGCAGAGGUUGAUAUUUGCUGGUAAGCAGCUGGAAGAUGGCAGGACCCUUGCUGAUUACAAUAUUCAGAAAGAGUCGACCCUCCAUCUUGUGCUUCGUCUUCGUGGUGGGUUCUGAAUGAUAUGCUGUUGAGUGAUUCUUUGAAUGUUAUGGGUGGGAUGGUUUAUGUGAGACUAUGAUUUUAUUUUAAGCUUUUCUGUCAGCAUAAGUAAUUACAGUUUCUAUAAUUGUUGUGUUUCUUGUUUUGUGAUUCGUAAUAUCAGUUUAUGGUGUCAAUUGUAAUGAGCAGUUAUAGUUAUGUUGUUUGGCAAGUAA